AUGCCAGAACUCCUCCCACCGCCCUCUACCAGUCGCGAUGGAUUUCGGCUGCAGAGGACUGCCCCGAAAGGAGACUUGACCAAAACAGGGCAGGUUCAGGGAUGGUGCGGCCACCCAGAAGAGGGUCAUGUGACCCCUCUAAGAACUCCUCCCAAUGCCCUCUUGCCAAUCAAAGUGCAGCACCAUCACCCCAUAAGUCUCAGCGCUGGGCAGAGGAGGCCAUCUCUUACCAAGAAGACGUGUUUCAGAAAUUGUGGAAAGGCUGAGAGGAAAUGUGGACUCCUUUACCACCCCCCUGAGAACUUCCGACUUUGUUUCAGCCCCACGGACCUUUGGACUUGUGUGGAGAAUUGCUACAGCAGCAACAGUUCGGAAGAGGAUGAGGGAGCAGGCGAGAGGAUUCCUUUGGCCCAGCCAUUGAUGGAUAUGCCAGAACCUGAACCCAAAACCCAACCAUUCAUGAGACACCCCGAUGAGCAUGGUGGCCUCUCGUUGUCCACCGCCCUGGAGGAGGAAGGCGAUCAUUGCUUGGGGGAGUUACCGGCGGACAAGCUGAAGAGAAAAGAUGUCACUCAGCUUGAUGAUGCCUUUCUAGAGGACCCGGAGGCCCUGGACAAUGUUGCAUCAAGCAGCAAAGAUGAACUGGGCCCGCCUUGUUUUUGCUGAACGCUGCUAAAAAUUGUUGAAGAGGACUUAGAGGACGAAGGUUAUAAGGAGUUUAGGAGAAGGUUUGUCAUGAAACUCGCUGAGCCAGUACCACAGCGUGAGCGUAAAAAUGUAUGUGGACUAUUGUAUGCAUUGCUGUUUAUGCUGUUCUUAAUCAUUGUCUUAGGGAAAAGCUUUUUGAAGAUUGUGAGGGCUGUUUCAUAGAUGCCUCAUCCCAACAGCACCAUGACUGUGUGAUUUGGACUUCAACUUUAUAUGUAAAUUUGUAAAUUUAAAUAUGUACAUUUAAAAAACCAUCUAUUGAAAGGGACUUUGUGACUAUCUGCAUUUUUGUUAGAAGGUCUCUGGCCCUUAAGUGAACUAAAAGUUUUAAUGGAGCCACUUGGUUUCUUUUCAAGGAGCUGUAUGUCUUUUAAAUUAAAAAAAAUGGUUUGUGAGAAUCUAA